AUUUAAGCUUCAAUGACCGUAGCCUGGACCGUAUGUUAAAUAUUUAAAAAGUAGUUCCGAAAUCGACUCAAAUGUUUGCGUUUCCUUUAACAUCAGUUAAACCCUCUAGCAGCCUCAGACGACAAACAUCUGUAUCACUAGGCCAGCACAAAUCUUCACCAUGGAUCUAGCACAAGUAUCAGAGUCCAUGAUUUGCGAGUUGUACGAGAGAGUACGUUAUCAGAACAGCAGUGACAAAUUGGCUCUCACCGUCAACGAGAAGCAAAAGUUGAAGCUCAGCUGGACAACGUUCAUGGGCGCCAACCCAACACAGGCUGGACUUGACAUGUUUUACAGGAUGUUCGAGAAGUACCCACAGACCCAGUCUGUGUUCUCCUUCGCCUCUACCAAAGCCGAGGGACAAAUGCAAGAUACCUCCCGUCUCAUGCUUCACAUCACCAUGGUAUCAAAGAUGAUCGGCAAUGUUGUGGAUGACCUUGACAACAUGGAGAGCAUCGUCCCAUCUCUUCUUUCCCUAGGUGGUAGACACGGAACCAAUGGCUAUAACAUUCCAAAAGACUUUUUCCCUUUCUUGGGUGAAUCACAACGAGAGUUGAUGAAAGAGAAGUUGGGCGAUUCCUUCACAGAUGACCACAAUGCACUAUGGACCAAGCUGUACCAAUUCAUCAUCGACACCAUGAUUGAGGGACAAGAGAAAUACAAUUAGACACAUGAUAUGUACAUUGUUUUGACCAUCCUUCACCAUGUUAAUUUGCUUCAUAUAUUGAGUUUGUUACCAUGGCUGAAGGUUGUAAUGGAUAUAACAUAGUGAAAUGCGCAUUUAAUUGGACAUUAUUGAGAACACUGUUUAUAAUGAGCUGACUCCCCUAUCCCAUGGUGGGCAAUUUUUGAACAAAAUAAAUUUGUUCAAUUUGAAUCAUAAAUAGGCAAUAUUUUUUUAUGAAAAUUCAUUUUGGAAACAUGGGACUCAAUUCUUGUCUCAGAUUUUUAAAAAGGCCCGACAUAUAGUUGUGAAUAUGUAGAUUUGUUUGUUAGUAAAUAAAGUGUUUUUACAGUAAAAUUUAA